GCCGAGGCUGAUUCUCGCGACAGUAGCGGCGACAGCGGCAGCUAUGCGCGUGCGCAGCAAUCUGCGUGGGCGUGUGUCCCUUUCCCCUCGCGUCAGCGUGAGUCGCUGGGGAUCCGCACAUGCGCACGCUCUCGCGGACGGAAGGGGGCGGUCCUGGACUAUGAUCCCCACCCCGCGGCACCCGCACGUGGGCGCGCACGGGCCCUUCAGCGAGGUGUACGCGCCGGCCGAGGACACCUACCUGCUGCUGGACGCGCUGGAGCAGGACGCGACCCAGCUCAGAGACGCGCGAGUUGAGAUCUCCCUUGAAGUAGGAGCUGGAUCAGGUGUGGUUUCAGCAUUUCUGGCUUCCCUUGUUGGACCCAGUGCAUUGUACAUAUGUACAGAUAUCAACCCUAUAGCAGCUUCUUGUACCUUGGAGACAGCUGUACUUAACAAAGUUCACAUUCACCCAGUAAUUACUGACUUGGUCACAGGAUUGUUACCGAGAUUAAAUGGGAAGGUUGAUCUACUACUAUUUAAUCCACCGUAUGUGGUAACCCCUUCUGAAGAGGUAGAAAGCCAUGGAAUAGAGGCAGCCUGGGCUGGAGGCAAAAAUGGCAGAGAAGUAAUGGAUAGACUUUUUCCUUUAGUGCCAGACCUGCUUUCAAUAAGAGGAUUAUUCUAUUUAGUUACAAUUAAAGAGAACAACCCAGAUGAAAUUUUGGAAACAAUGAAGAAAUACGGUUUAAGAGGUACUAGAGUACUUUCUAGACAAGCAGGAAGAGAAACUCUCUCAAUUCUCAAAUUCAGCAAGUCCUGACGACUGCUCUUAAAUCUUUAAACAUCUUCAGCAAUGGAAGUUGAACACAAAUGGUGUUACAAUGGUCAGGCUAUUUUGUGAUGAUAAACUAUAACUCAACAGAUUUUGAAAAAAAAUUAUCCUGUCUCCUGACCUUUACAGGAAAAUUAGCAAAACUUUCUUUUUUGUUCCCUUAACCUGGCCGUCAACCCACUGUGGUCUGUAAUCAAUGAGGGAGCAGUUGUUUCUGGACUUGGUUUUCUAUUAGCGUAGUGGAACAGUAGCUGAAAUGUAAACUUUAAAAUGGGCAGUCACACUUUAAAAUGGGGAAAUUCAUUGGUAUGUGUUUUGUUUUAUAACUGGAAUAUUUUUAUGUGAUCAUACAUUUAAUUGUGAACCUUUGUCGUUCAUUAUGGGUUCUCAAAACAGUGUUCUUGCUUUAGUACUUUGUCUUCUCUUAUGGUACUUAUUCUGUACAAAUAUCUAGUUUUAAUUAGUAUUUAAGAAGCCACUGAUCUUGGGGUUAAUGGCCUCAGUCUUAUAUUUUGCACUGGUUACAGAAUCAUCAAAAGCCUAGUGCAUAGAAACUAAUUUUGCUUACAUAUCUUAUCUUGCUACUGUAUUAUUGCUAUGAAUAUUUCAACAGAUGCACCCAAUAAGGAGUUCUGCUAUAUGUUAUACAGGGUCUUUAAGCUAAAUGCUAUGGGUUAAUAAACAGUGUAAAAAGUUCAGUUCAAUAUAAUCAAUUUUACAAAAUUCUUUUAGGGUGGAGACUAAUUUUAGACUGUAAAAAGGAAGGUUUAGUUUAAAAAUAUUUUCAGUAGAGCCUAGUUGUCACAGUAUGGAAAACUAACAAGUGAUGGUUCUUUAUAAAGCACGUCCAUUUAUGACUAUGGUAUGAUACCAUUCUUAUACUAACGCACCAUAAAAUGUAUGGGAUGGAGACUUGUAUGGUUUGAUAAUCUCCCUAUAUUUAAGCCUCUUCAGUUUGUUUAAACCGAUUUUUAUGGAAAAAUUCCUGGAUUUUACAAAAAGUAUUCAUUUUUUUCUGAUUUUCACCCUAUUUUUGUAUCAUUCAAAUAUAUAAAAAAUAACUUGCUUUAUUCAAAAAUACAAUACAUUGCAUGAGAUAUAUGUAUUAUGACAAUACAUUAGUCUGGGUGUAUAUGCAAAGGUGCCUGUUGAAGUAAGGCUAUGUAUUAGUCAAGAAAAUACACACAAUAAACAAACAGGCAUGCGAGCUCUGAAGUGUGUGUGCAUCUGAACAUACUGAUGAAUCUCACGUCCACCACGUACACAUUUCAAGCUGUUAGCGGAUAACAGUUUAAAGAUUUGACACACUAAAAUGGGAAGAAAACAAAAAUCUAUACCAGAAUACAUUUCAGAAAACAAGUAUUUGAAAGUUUUUAAAAAAACAAAAACAGGAGAAAAGGAUGAGGUUGAGGGUAUGUGCUGCAAAUGGUGUGACCCAGUUAUUAAAAGUAAAUAUUUAUAGGAUAAUAUUUCUAAGUCUACAACAGUAAAACUGUUUAUUCAAAUGAAAAGUAUUAUUGUCUUCUUAAACUUUCAGGUAGCACUAUGUUUUGAGUUCUGUUUUAGUUUUGCAAACCACAUUGAUUAACAAAAUUCAAAGCAUUAAUCCACUGAAUACUUUUCCCCCUUGACUUUCUGUCCACCACAAUAAACCCAAUUAUUUACCCAGAAAA